UCUAAUCCUUAAUCGAAAUGGCUGCUUCUGGAAUCGCCGUCGGCAUCAACAAAGGUCACAUCGUCACCAAGCGUGUCCUCAAGGCCAAGCCCUCUAACAAGAUUGGUGCUGCCUCCAAGCGUGUCACCUUUGUUAAAAGCAUCAUCCGUGAGGUUGCUGGUUUCGCUCCCUAUGAACGUCGUCUUAUGGAAUUGAUCAAGAACUCCAAGGAUAAGCGUGCCAGAAAGCUCUGUAAGGCCAAGCUCGGUUCUUUCCUCCGUGCCAAGAAGAAGAUUGAGGAACUCCAAUCUGCUAUUGCUUCUUCUCGUCGUGUUUAAAUUUGAUUUUUGAAGUUUUUCUUCUAAUUCGUAAUAGCAAAAAAGAAGAUUAUCUAACAAUAAAGAAUCAAAACACUUGUAGCUCUCAUGUAUAACUUUUACUCUCUUUUCUUUUUAUCACUUUUCCCA